UUUAUAAAUAUCACACAAAGACAAGAUGAGGAGAAACUAUCAGUUCAUUAAUAAUUUUUUGGUCAGCAAUAGUGCCAACAGUGACUAUGCUAAGAAAAAGUUUUUUGGUGCUAGUUGUAAUAAUUGUUAUAAGUGAUGUGGAAGCAUAUAGGAUCUUGGGAGUUUUUCCUCACACAAGCAAAAGCCACGCUACCAUAUUUUUGGCGGUAAUGAAAGGAUUGGUCGAAAAAGGGCAUAACGUAACAGUGGUCAGUACUCGAACAUUUGACACGGAUCGUAACAACUACGUGCAUGUUGACUUAAGUAAGGAUAUAAGAGUAACAAUGGGCACUGUAAACAUAAGUAUCGUCAAUAACGAUAAGGCUCUUACUAGAUACCUUACAGCAUACCACUUAUUUAAUAGAAAUAUAGACAAGUGCGAAAAAGGUUUGUCCUCGCCCACUUUUCAGAAAUUCCUAAAAACGAGAGGAGAAAAAUAUGAUGUAGUUAUAUUCGAAUAUUUUGCUGUGGAUUGUUUUCUUGGAGUCAUCUCAAAGAUAAAUGCACCUAUUAUAGGAUUAAGUUCAAGUACAUUGAUGCCCUGGGUUGCUGAGCGUAUGGGCAAUCCCAGCAACACAGCUUAUGUUCCGAACAACUUACUCGCGUUUUCAGAUAAAAUGUCAUUCUGGCAAAGAAUGGAAAAUACUGUGAUAUCCAUUGGUCAUAAAUUAUUAUUUCAAUUUUAUAAGCUACCUAGAGAUAAGAAAUUGGCAAGAAAAUAUAUUGGAAAAAAAGGAUCGAAGUUGGAGAAAUUUUUGUAUAAUUCUAGCUUGUUGCUGUCCAAUACACAUUUUAGUUUGAAUCUUCCUCGUCCACUUGUACCUAAUGUUAUAGAGAUCGGAGGUAUUCAUAUUGAAAAACCACAUCCAUUACCAGAGUAUCUGGAAAGAUGGAUAGAAAGCUCACCAAGUGGUGUAAUCUACUUUAGUCUGGGCAGCCUUAUCAAUGGUCAGUCGUUAGGAGACGAAAGGAAGAACAUAUUUCUAAAAACGUUUGAGAGAUUUCCACAAAAAGUUAUAUGGAAAUGGGAAAAUGAAUCAGUUCCACAUAACCACGACAAAGUAUUAUUAGGAAAGUGGAUGCCGCAAUUAGAUAUUCUGUGUCAUCCAAAUACAAGACUAUUCAUUUCACAUGGCGGUCUGCUAAGUGUUAUGGAAGCCGUUCACUGUGGAGUGCCCAUGGUAGUAAUUCCACAAAUGGGAGAACAGUAUACUAACGCAAAGGCACUGGAAGCUCAAGGGGCCGGCAUUAUUUUACUUUUAAGCGAGAUAUCAGAAACAACGACAUUUAACGCUGUACAGGAAGGAUUAAGUUCAAAGAUAAAGGAAAAUAUGGAGCAACUUUCUGAUCGGUUUCGAGACCGCCCAAUGUCUCCCCUAGAUACAGCAGUCUAUUGGGUGGAAUAUGUUAUAAGGCACAAAGGAGCUCCCCAUAUGAAGACGGCAGCUGUGGAUAUGCCGUUUUAUCAAUAUUAUUUACUGGACGUCUUUUUUACGCUGUUUUUAAUAUUUUUAGGUUCUUUGUAUCUAAUAGUAUAUUCUGCUAAAGGUAUUUGUAAAUAUAUUAGUAGGAAUAGAAUAUUAGGAACAAAUAAAAAAGGAGAUAAGACUGAAUAAAACGUUUAAAAAAAUGUUUA